AUGCAUAUCGCCUUGGGCCGACAGCUCGGGAGAAAUGCAGAGGCCUACGUUGACGACAUCGUGGUAAAGUCUCGGGAGGCCAAAACCCUGAUACAGGACCUGGAAGAAACCUUCGCGAGCCUUCGCGAGGUGGACCUACGGCUCAACCCGGAGAAGUGCGUGUUCGGUGUUCCUUCUGGCAAGCUUCUGGGCUUCCUUGUGUCCCACAGAGGUAUUGAGGCUAACCCGGAGAAGGUCAAGGCAGUCGAAGACAUGAGUCCGCCGCAAACCCUCAAGGAAAUGCAGAAGCUCACUGGGCGAGUGACCGCAUUAGGACGCUUCAUCUCCAAGCUGGGGGAACGCGCCCUGCCCUUUUUCAAGCUGAUGAAGAAGAAGGGUCCAUUUGAAUGGACUCAAGAGGCUGACAAAGCGUUCCAAGACCUCAAGAAGUACCUGACCAGCCCUCUGGUGAUGGUGGCUCCACGCCCUCAGGAGCCCUUGGUGCUCUACCUCACCGCCACACCCUACUCCGCCAGUGCAGCUCUAGUGGCGCAUGGAGAGAAGGUCUCCAACAACAUAGCAGAAUACGAGGGCCUGAUAGCAGGCUUGAAGGCUGCAGCGGCCUUGGGGGUGUACGAGCCGAAGGACGAGCGCAUGGAAGCGUAUCUCGCGGAGGUCCGCAGAAUGGAAAAGCAGUUUUGGGGGUUGGAGUUGCAGCAUGUGCCCCGCGGCACCAAUCAAGAGGCUGAUGACAUCGCCAGGAGGGCGUCCAGGCGGCUGCCUCAAGAGCCCGGCGUCUUCGAGGAACGACUCUUCAAGCCCUCAGCAGCACCGUCACUAUCAAGUGCAGCGCAGCCUCGGGAGGAACUCCCUCAACCACCUGCCUCAGGAGCUCCAGCCUGUGGCCCGACCUCAGGAGCAUGCUUGCUCCUGGUGCUGGAGCCUCAGGAGGGAUGUUGGACUGCGGAACUCAAGGAUUACCUGAUGCAAGGGACUCUGCGAGAGAAGGAGGAAGACGCGGAACGCGUGGCGCGGCAGGCCACGGCCUACUGCAUCCAAGACUGA